GCUCUGCUCUCACUAUCGGCAGCAUCGCCUGGCCGUGGUUUAUUUACACACACCAGUACUCAAGCGUGUAUUUUGGUUUGUUUCGGUUUUACCGAAAUUCGGUUGCGAUGAGCCUUUGAGGGAAUAUCAUUCGACCAGCAAGUCUCGCACACACGUAGCCAUGGGGGAUGUCCAAGACAUUCUGGGGCUGGAGCGCCCACCCACUCCGGAGUUGACGAAGGAGUCCAUUCUUGGGUCGUCUGAUAAAUUAAAAAGGAAGCAAAUGCAAAUGUCCACUCCCAAGGUUUCAAGACGUCCGGAAGGAAUGCCAAGAGAAGUGUUCGCUCUAUUGUACCAUGAUAACAAGGGUGUUCCUCCAGUCUUCCCCACUGACACUGGUUCAGGCUACAAGCAAAUGAAAGCUAAACUUGGUAUGCGGAAAGUAAGGCCUUGGAAAUGGAUGCCAUUUUCAAAUCCGGCUAGAACAGAUGGAGCUGUGUUUCACCAUUGGCGGAGAGUUGCUGAUGAAGGAAAGGAUUACCCCUUUGCACAAUUUAAUAAGAAAGUACCUGUACCAUCCUACACUGAUGAGGAGUACAACCAACAUCUCCAGGUGGUAGGGUGGACCAAAGAUGAAACAAAUCAUCUUAUUGACUUAGCCAAACGUUUUGAUUUAAGAUUUAUCGUUAUGAGAGAUCGAUGGGAUUCAUCAAAAUUUGCUGAGAGAUCUGUUGAAGACUUAAAAGAAAGAUACUACACAUUACAGACAACUUUGGGCAAGGUGAAAGGCACAACGCCAUCAGAUGCAAAACCAUAUGUAUUUGAUGCAGACCAUGAGAGACGGAGAAAAGGACAACUGAAGAGGCUUUAUGAAAGAACACAAAAGCAGAUUGAAGAAGAACAAACAUUAGCAACUGAAUAUCGAAGAAUUGAGGCCCGUAAAAAGGAGAGAGAUAAGAAGACUCAAGAUCUUCAGAAGCUGAUAACUGCUGCGGACAACCAGUCUGAAACACGGCGUAUUGAAAAGAAGUUGCCCAAGAAGAAACUUCAGCAGCAGUUAACUAGACCCCGGGUGGACACUGUAACUGUGGAGAGUACUGGCAUCAAAUUCCCUGACAUGAAAGGAAGUGGAGUUUCUGUGAGGUCUCAAAGAAUGAAAAUGCCUACUAGUGUUGGGCAAAAGAAAAUCAAGGGAGUUGAACAGUUACUUCAAGAGUUGGCAGUGGAAUUGAACCCCAUGCCAACGGAGGAGAUUUGUACCCACUUCAAUGAACUUAGAAGUGACAUGGUUUUGCUACAUGAACUUAAAACAGCCUAUACCACUUGUGAAUUUGAGUUGCAGACUUUGCGCCAUCAGUAUGAAGCACUCUGCCCUGGCAAGACUCUGGACAUUCCGAUACCCAAUGAAACUCAAGUUGGAUCGUCAACUGAAAAUGAUGGGGGAAAGCAGAAGAUAAACCUUGCUGAAAUAAUUGAUGUUGUUGGAUCCCCUGGUACUCCCAAUAGUACCCACAUAAACUAGCAAUACUUUUAAGUAUGCCACUAUGGAUUCAAUUUUAAUCAGCUUUGGUUUUGUAAAUUGUAUUAAAUAUGUACUCUGUAAACUUAAAA